AUGGCAGCACCCUCAUUUACAGUCUUUUGCUGCCAGGAAUUUGCUUUCAGCUUCAGCCAGUGGGGUAGUGCAAAUAAGCAUAAGAAAAAGUCACCACAAGGAAACAUUCAGCUGAGUAACAUUAGAGACGCCCGAAGUUCAGCAUUAGGGAAUAGAAACCGAAACAAAUGUAAGGCUAAUAAAGGCACAUCCAUUGGCCAAGAGGUGACACACAAAACCAGAGACAUCCAUGGCUGCGGUCAGUGGCAGAGGUGGAAGAUACAGCCAAAAGACUUCAAAAGAAAUUAUUUGCCUGGCCGACAUCCACAGGUGGUGUACCUGCUGUAUGAAAUCAGGUGGAGAAAUGGUUCCAUCUGGAGGAACUGGUUCUCAAACAAUCGUAACCAACAUGCUGAAGUCAACUUCUUGGAAAAUUGCUUCAGUGAUGUGCCACCAGCUCCUUGUUCCAUCACCUGGUUCCUUUCAACUAGUCCCUGUGGAAAAUGCUCCAGGAGAAUUCUGGAGUUCCUGAGGACACAUCGUAAUGUGACCUUGGAAAUAUACGCAGCCAAGCUGUUCAGGCACCAGGAUAUGCGCAACCGGCAAGGUCUCUGCAACCUGGUGAUGAACGGAGUCACUAUACGUAUCAUGAAUCUUGCAGAUUACAGUUACUGCUGGAAAAGAUUUGUUGCAUACCAACACGGAGAAGAUGAUUAUUGGCCUCAGAACUUCGCUGCAUACAUCUUUCUGAAUUGGAGAGAGCUCGGUCAUAUCUUUUUGGGUCUUCCUCCACUGCUGCCAUACUGAAUACUAAUAAGCAUCACCACCAUGCUUUCAAGCUUGUUUUGUGCAUC